AAAUGCAUGUUAUUAUUAUUUUAUUUUAAUCAUGAUACAAUUUACCAUGGCUUUAUUACUAUAUUAAUAUAAAAUUAAAUUUUGGUAACACACCCAUUAUAUUUUCACAUUAUAUAUUAUGGCUCUAAUGCUUAACCAAUUUAUCAAUUUAUUUACUUAAGCUGUUCAACUAAUUUAUUUACUAAUUAAUAUUUGAAUUAUGCUUUUUAUAUUGUCAUUAUCAAAAAAUCGAAAAUACUACAUUUUGGUUUGUGUGUAAUUUACUAGUUAAAAUUAAUUGACAAUCCAAAAAUCAAUAUGCAUGACGUGUAUGAAGUUGCAAAAUUAUUGAAGUAUUCAGUACAAAUUGAAAGCAUUACUGCUUAUGGUAAUUAAAUCAAUCAUAAUUCAUAAGUAAACCUUAAACAUUAAGUAACAAAUUAUCAAAGUAUACAAUAUAUACAAAUGUUUUCAUGUAUUUUGAUAUCAAAAAACUACAAUUUAUAUUAAAUCUAAUAAGUGAAAUUAGACUAUACUGUUUAUUAAAUAUCUGUUGAGUAUCGUAGGAAAAUUUUCAUCAUUCUUACUUGUAAAACUAAUCAAAUUAUAUUUAACUAUUUAGUACAACUAUUCAUAUGUAUAUUCUAAUACUUUUUUUUUGUUAACAAGAUAAUUAUCUACUGGUUGGCAAUCGUUUGGGACACAUAUUUUUGUACACUACUAGCCCUAGAGUACAACUAGUUGACUGUAAUAAAACAUUCAGUAAGAGACCCAUUUUACAAUUAACUGCUAUAUCAGAAUGCCAAAUAGUGAUUUGUUUAUCAGGUACUUCAGUAUUAAUAUAUAUAUAUAAUAAAUUGUUUAUCAAUGUAAUCAAAUUAUUGUUUUAAUUUUUAGAAGAAAGAAUUAGUGUACUUGAUGUAUCUCGAGAUAAAGUAAUACAUUUAAAAACAACUGGUUUACAGAAAACUAAAGGUGCCAGUUGCUUUACUAUAGAUGUCAAAGUAAAUUAUUUUAAUUAAUUUGAUUCCUUAAAAUAAAAAAAAAAUGAAUUAAAUAAAUUUUUGUAGACUCCUGAUGGAUUAAAAGUUAAUUCCAAUAAUACAGUAGUCCGCCUUUGCGUAGCUGUUAAGCGACAAUUGCAAGUUUACCAUUGGAAAGGCAAAGAUUUUUUGGAGCAUUCUGAAAGUAUUGACUUACCAGAUAUACCUCGUACAUUAGUGUGGUGUGAUCAAGCGGUUAUUAUUGGUUGUAAAAAUGAAUAUUAUUUAUUUGAUGUAAGUAUUUAUAAUUAUUUACAUGAUUUCAAACAAGAUUAUUUAAUAUACAAGUUAUAGACUUAUCAGAAAAGUGUUGUAAUACUUUUUAGUUGGUACCUAACAUAUUUUCAAAUAAUAUUAAAUAUUUAAUGUAAAAUUUUAUUACACUUGCAUUUUUUUUUUUUAAUGUUUGGAUGGAUGUUAUACUUAAUUGUUACUAUUUUGUUUACAUUAAAUAGGAAAAUUUCAUAUAAUAAAAUAAAUAAUAAAACAAUCUAUAUAAUUAAAAACUGAUAUUAUCUCUUGUUUAUCAUAAAGGUAACUAAUAUGUAAUAAUAAUACAUAUUUACUAAAUUAUUAAUAUAGGUACUUAAUUAUUUACAUUUAAAUUAAAUAGCUUAUUCUAUUUAGAUUAUAACAUUAACUAAAUUCAAAUAAUUUAUAUAGGUAACUAUGGAAAAGAUAACAUCUUUGUCCUUAACUGGAAAAAAUCAAGAACCUAUAAUAACUAAAAUAUCGGACACAAUGUUUGGUGUUGUCAAAGAUGCCCAAGUAAUUAUUUUCAGUACAACAGGUAAUAAAGCUGAACAACAAACUAUUAAAUGGGUUGACACACCAUCUAUUAUUUGUAAGUUAUAAUUUUCAACCAUGAAAAUAAAAUGUUUUAGUUUUAUUUAAUUAUAAAAUUUGAUUUUAGUAUAUGAUGAACCUUAUUUAAUAGCAAGCAUAAGUGAUAAAUUAUAUAUACAAACUAUAGAACCUGUUGAAAAUUCUAUUGCACGUCAAGUCAUAUCAACUACUUCUAAAACUAUGAGUAUGUUUACUUGUCAAAAUGGUUUAAUUUAUGCAUCAUCUGCAUUGGAUGUUUGUUGUUUAAAAGCAGUUCCAUUUGCAAGACAAAUUAAACGACUUCUUGAAGAUAAAGAUUUUCAACUAGCUCUAAAACUGGCCGUAAGUGAUUUAUUAUAAAUAUUCAACAUAAUAUUUCAAUAUUUCAUAAACAAUUUAAUGAGGAAUAAAAUAAACUUAAGAUACCUAUAUUAUGACAUUGUCAAAUAUUCUUUUUGUUGUACAAGGAACACACCAACUUUUUACCUAACCUAUUACAUAAUUAUUAUGCUGCUUCUUUUCACUUCAUCGAGUCUCACAUAAUUUUACUAGUAUAUUCUAGCAUAUUCCUAGCACAUAUUAUCCCUUAUCUUGUACUAUUGUAUUUCUUAAAUAAUUUCUAAUUCUGGAUUUACAAACAACUCUUAGUUUUAAACAAAUUUAAAGCAAAAUGUACUGUAUCUCAAGCUACAAAACAUGAUAAAUGCCAUUUUUAUUAGAAAAGAUUGAUUAUUGCCAGUUACUUUUAAAAUAUUCUGUUUUGAGUCUAGAAUACAGUUACACAACCAAGAGUGUUUCUAGUUCUGGACAUCUCCCCCACUUUGAUCCUAUUGUAUGUAUAAACCUAUACAUAGAAAUUGUUUAUAUAAUAUGGAAUUAGACAUAGGGAAUCAAUUACAAUAAUAUAUGUAUUAUGUAUGUAAUAUGAUACAGUAUAUAGUAUAUAUAACAAAAAGUACAUUUUUGAAUGUAGUUUAUAACAAUUUAAAAUAUAAUGUAGAAUAUAUCUGAUGAAUCUGUUGAUGAUAAAGAAAAAAAUGUAUCACAAAUAAGAACAUUAUAUGCUCAUGACUUGUUUGAGAAAAAGAAGUAUCAAGAAUCCAUGAGGGAAUUUUUGAAGUUGAAUACUGGUAAGAAACUGAAAAUUGUAUUCCACUUAUUUUAAAGUUAAUUUCAUAUAGAGCUAUAUUGUUUUUAGAUCCAUAUGAUGUUAUAAGAUUAUUUCCAAAUUUAUUACCUCAAAGUGAUUCGGACUAUGGAGAAGAAAUACUUGAAAAAGAAAUGGAAAUGAAAAUUGUUGCAUUGAUAGAAUAUUUGACAGAAGUAAUACAAGUUUUAAAUUAAUUGUAUUGCAUUUAUAAGAUAAUUCUUAAAUUGUUAUGAAUUAACAGGUGCGUUACAAACUUUUAAAAGAACCUACAGUCAAAAAUAAAUCAGACAUUAUUGAAAUGAAUAAUAAUUAUCAAGAACAGUUACUUCAAAUAAUAGACACUACACUCCUAAAAUGUUAUUUACAAGUAAAUUAAGAUAAAAAUAAAAAUAGUUCAAAGUAAUAUUUGUAAGUUAUAUAUUUAAAUACUUUUUUUUUAUUGUAGACCAAUGAUGCUUUAAUAGCACCACUUUUAAGACUGAACCAUUGUCAUUUGUUAGAAACUGAAACAACAUUAAAAAAGUAUAAAAAAUACAGUGAACUAAUAAUUUUGUAUCAAACUAAAGGACUUCAUAGUAAAGCAUUAGAACUCCUUCAAAAACAGUCAGAUGAUUUUGAUUCCAAUCUCAAAGGACCUGAAAGAACUAUUCAGUACCUACAAAAUAUUGGUAAUUGCUGAUUCCUGUUUUGUUUAUUCUUUAUUUAAAAAUAUAUCUUUUUAAUAGGUUCAAAUCAUAUUGAUUUAAUUCUUCAAUUUUCGGAUUGGGUAUUAAAUAAGUACCCAGAAGAUGGCCUUACUAUAUUUACCGAAGAUGUUGCUGAAGUUGAACAAUUUUCUAGACCUAAAAUAUUAGAUUUUUUAAUUAGAAAUCAUAAAAAUCUAAUUAUACCUUAUUUGGAACACGUAAUUCAUGUUUGGAAUGAUACUAACGCUAUAUGUCAUAAUGCUUUAAUACAUCAAUACAGAGAAAGACUUCAGCAGUAUAACAACAUGUCAAUGCAAGCUGAUGAACAAACUGCUCAAAAUACUAAAGCAAAACUUUUAGAAUUUUUAAAACAAUCCAAGUAUUAUACUCCAGAAACAGUAUUAGUUCAUUUUCCAUUAGAUGGUAAUAUAUAUAUUUGUUUUAAAAUUACUUAAAAGAAGGAAUUAUUAAUAUUUUACUCUGAAAUCUUCAAUCCAGUUGUUUAGACCCUUCUGACAAAUCCUGGUUGGACUACUAGCUCAGUCUAUGAUUUACUAAUGCAUUCCACUUAAUAAUAAAUUACUUAUUUUUGUCUUUGUGACCAAACUAGAUGUUAAGUUAUUAUCCAAGUUAUAAUUGUACAUUCAUUCUAUAGGUUUUUUUGAAGAACGUGCUAUAGUAUUGGGUAAACUUGGUCGCCAUGAACAAGUUUUGUCUAUGUAUGUCACUGUAUUGCAUGACGUAGAUCGAGCAAUUGAAUAUUGUAAUACAGUUUAUAAAUCAAGAAACCAAGAUUGUGAUCAAGUAAUAUUAAUUAAUAUCAAAAAAUGUAUUUUCUUUAAUUACAAUUUUUUUUUUGUUAAUAGAUAUAUGUAACAUUAUUAAGAUUACUAAUUGACCCUCCAGACAGUUGGUUAGCUGGAUUGGGAGGUGUAUCUAAACCAGCUCCAAAUUUAGAAAAAGUUAUUGAAAUUUUAAACAAUAAUGCUUCACAAAUUGCUACUCCUGAUGUACUAAAAGUAUUACCAGAUGAAAUACCAAUUCAUCGUAUAAGUAAUUAUCUGGUAAUUGCUUUAGAUAAAGCAAUAGGCGAUAGGAGGCUUUAUCAAGUAAACCGAGGAUUACUUAACACAAAACUUUUAAAAGUAAAAUGUAGUUUUAUUAGUUUAUCUGUAUGCUUAAUAUAAUAGUUCUUAAUUCUAUUUAUUAGAUUCAACAGCAGAGAAUAUUUUAUGAAUCACAAAAUAUUACCUUAACAGAAUUCAAUAUUUGUAGAGUAUGCAAAAAGAGAUUUGGAAAUCAAAGGUAUUUUACUUAAAAAAUAAAAAUAAUGUUAUUUUAUAAUAAUAAUUAAUGUUAUAGCGCAUUUGUAAGAUGUCCAAAUGGCGAGAUCGUUCAUUAUUCAUGUCAUAAUCACAAAAUUGAACAAUAAUGGGAAUUAUUCAAGUUGCUAAAUUCAUUGGUACUUAUAAUAAUAAUUAUAUGGAUAUGUCUGAUCCGGAUCCUUCGUGAUCAGAAUCCAUAAAUGUAUCUUCCUCAUGAGCAACAUUGAACGGAGUAGAUUCAUUUUCAGCAUUGUUUACACCACUAAAUGUUGCAUCUAAAAGUGAACCAUUCAAUAUGGGUCCAGUUGAAUCGGCGGAAGUCACUGUAGAAGUAUUGCAUGGUUUUCCCAAACUCUCUAAACUCUCCAUAACUCGUUUAUUAUUAGGGUCAAGGCUAAACAAACCAAAAUUUGAAUAUACAAAUUUAUUUUGUUAAUAUAUUUACGUAUUAAUAUUAUUUAGUGAUCAUUAUUAAAAUUUAAAAGUGUAAUACAAAUAUAAACAGUGAACAUGUGUAAAUGUAAAAUUUUAAAUAUAACUAUUUAACUAAAUAUUUGUGGUUUUCCAUUUAGUUUAAAAUGUAAUAUUUCAUUUACUUACAAUAGAUUAAUUUCAUUUUAUAAACCAAAUGCCUCUAAUUAGAAGCAUUUGAUUAGAGUUUAUACAUAUUAAUGUUCAAUAGAUUUUAUAGUAACAUAAUUAUUACCUAACCUAAUAAAUUAUUUAUUUUUUGAACGUUUGUACGUUACUGUUUUCUGUGUUAGGAUUCAAAUACGAACCAAUGUUGAAUAACUCCUUCAGUGUUUGAUUGGAGUCACUAGUGUUAGCAUUCAUCCAUGCAUAAUAUUCGGGCUAAAGUCUAAAGCCUUUAAUCUUUGGUCUCAAGGAAAAAGGGCUUGAGUUAAUUUUGUUUAGAUUUCAAAACAAAUAAAUACAAUUUUGAAAAUGUCUAAAUUACUAAUUUUCCAAUCUAAACCAAUGGCUUGAAUUAUAAAAUUAUAAUUUGUCAAACAAAAGUGACUAAAUAUAGUUUAAUUUUCAGUGUAACACAUAUUAGAAUAUACACCCUUACGUGAUGCAAUUUCAAAACAUUGUCGUUACACAUUAUUUUUACAAUAAGGUGCAUUGAUUAUGCGAAGACAAGUGGAACGAAAAACAUGAAAAAUAUAAAACAUUGUAUAUAUGUUAAUGUGAAACUUGCCAUUACAAGUAAUAGCCGUGAUCCACUUAUUUGAUAGGCAUAUUUCACCACUACCCAAAAACGUGCUGUGUAUUGUCUAUGUCAAAUAGUCAAUAUUAAAAAUGUUAUUCUGAAGGGAACAUGAAAUAAGCAUGUUUGAUACAAGUUCAAAUUAAACGGGCCUAACAAAAUAAAUUAAAUUGAUUAUUUUUUAUUAGUUAUUAAUAGAAUCCAGUAUUAAUUAUUCUAUAAUAUUGGGAUUGAAAUAAUAGUAUAUUUUAAUCUCUAUUUAAAAUAUUAUUAAAAAAAUUGACAACAGAAUUUGUCUCGCUAAUAGUUGCCAAACCGUUUUUUUUAUUCAAAAUAUUACAUCAGUAUUCGUAAGCAGUGACAGUAGAAAAUUUUAUCCAGUAGGUCAGUUUAUCAGUUUUAGUAUAUUGUUUUGACUGACUGUCCAAAAUAUGUUAUAGAUAAGUUUUUAAACCCAUUAAUAAUUAAGUGUUCACAGUAUAUAUUUUGUAUUUUAAUGUAUAAAAUCAAAUUAAUUACUUUAGUGCAGAAUAAAAAAAAUCAAAUGCUUUUUCUAAUUGAUUUUGCUUGACACUUAAAUCACCCAGCAUUUGGUAUAAUCUACAAGUUGGUUGAUUUAAUGCCUGCCUAUGCAAUAGGAUUAUAGCAGAACUGUAAUUUCCUUCUUGUUCAAGUAUUUGAGCCAACAUAUAUAUUGCUGGUAAAUAGCCGUCAUCAACAUUUAUUGCUCUUUGUAAAAGUAUUUUUGCUUUACCGACAGUAUUUGGAUCCUUGAUUAGUAUCGAGGAAUACAACUG